AUGGCAGAGCCACAGCCACCGUUCCCGGGAGCUGAUCGAAUCCGCUCAUUAACAGACCAGGACUCCAUCUUCAAAGCCUUUGACGCCUACCCCUGGACCAAAGACUCCGAGUUUCUCUCUGGCCUCCGCGCCAUCCUCGGCGCCCCAAACCCGUCCAGCCCCCAAAACGGCUCCCUCCGUGACAUCGCCACCCACGCCCGUAUCUUCUACUACGCCCAGCGCAUCGGCGUCCAGAUCGACUUCGCCUCAUACCAGACCUGGCUCUCUCAGCACCCAGAAUACCCACCUCCGCACAUCAUCCCCUCGGAGUACGAGCAACAGCCUGCCGCCACCAACAGCAGCUCUCAGCACCCAGAAGCGUCAUCGACAUCUUCCGCCACAGCAUGGCAGCAGGCCGCCCCUAAAGCCGACCUCUACGUCGAUCGUAGCGCUCAGUCUCAGGCUUCUGGGGAGGGUGGCGAACCCUCUUAUCCUCUUGCUUUCGCAGAGAUGAUCAAGCUUAUCCAGGAAGGCAAGCCCAUUCCCGGCAUCAGACAGAUUCCCAACACAAUUGAACGAGACCCCACUAUUAAACCCGUUGGAUCGCGGCCAGUGCCUAGAAAACCUUGGGAAAAAGAGGCUACUGCAACCGCUGAAACAGGUGCCGGAGGUAUCGUGAACGCCCUGGACCUUGAAUUUCCCCCAGUCGAGCAACAGGCAGAAGGAGAAGAAGCAGCUGCUGCGACAGAGUCUUCAUGA